AGGAAUAGUGAAGAUGGCUUCCCAAGUGUGUCAGAACUACCACAAGGACUGUGAGGCUGCUGUUAACAAGCAGAUCAACCUGGAGCUCUAUUCCUCCUAUGUUUAUCUCUCCAUGUUCUCUUACUUUGACCGGGAUGACGUUGCCCUGCAUCACUUUGCUGAGUUCUUCAAGGAGCAGUCCCAUGAGGAACGGGAACACGCUGAGAGACUGAUGGCAUUCCAGAAUAAACGUGGCGGUCGAGUCCUCCUGCAGGACAUCAAGAAGCCAGAGCAGGAUGAGUGGGGCAAUGGUCUGGAGGCAAUGCAGAAAGCUCUGCAGAUGGAGAAGGAUGUGAACCAGAGUCUGCUGGAUCUGCACAAACUAGCCUCUGGCCACACGGACCCUCAUCUGUGUGACUUCCUGGAGAGGCACUACCUGGAUGAGCAAGUGAAGAUGAUCAAGAAGCUGGGAGAUCACAUCACCAACCUGAAGAGACUGGGAGCCCCUGACAAUGGCAUGGGAGAGUACCUGCUUGACAAGCUCACACUCAGCUGA